GCGUUUCCGUGGAGAUGGGGCGGGUAGGCUCUGCUGCAGCCCACCCGGCUUCUCCGUGAGGUCUAGUGACUGCGCGAGUCCUACGAGGCUGCGUCCGGGUGCACGGCAGGCCGCGGCUUCCCCCUAGCCCCAGAACUGCCCACUGUUGCGCGAGGAGAAGCCGUUGCUCCCGAGAUCCAGGAUCAUGACGGGCCCUCUCGGAGACCGUCGCCCGCGGCUCCGCCCUACAGUCGCUUCCUGAAAGACUCCCGCGGUGCUGAGGGAAAGAGUGUUCCGUGAGCACAGCCUAGCAGAAAGAUGGAAGCUUAGCACAUCACCACCCGCUGACCCGUCACCUUGAUGACUUCACCGUUGGGUGCCUUCCCAGUUCAGUUCCCACAGCCUUCACUCAGUGGCCUCUCACAGAUCACCAAGAGCCUAUUCAUCAGCAAUGGCGCGGCCGCCAACAACAAGCUGCUGCUGUCCAGCAAUCACAUCACCACGGUCAUCAACGUCUCGGUAGAGGUUGCAAACACCUUCUAUGAGGAUAUCCAGUACGUGCAGGUGCCCGUGGUCGAUGCACCCGUCGCCCGUCUCUGCGAUUUCUUCGACCCCAUUGCCGACCACAUCCAUUCCGUGGAGAUGAAGCAGGGCCGCACGCUGCUGCACUGUGCCGCUGGUGUGAGCCGCUCGGCUGCUCUGUGCCUCGCCUACCUCAUGAAGUACCAUGCGAUGACCCUUCUAGAUGCCCACACUUGGACCAAAUCACGCCGGCCCAUCAUUCGACCCAACAAUGGCUUUUGGGAGCAGCUCAUCCAUUAUGAAUUCCGGCUGUUUGGCAAGAAUACGAUGCACAUGAUUAACUCUCCAAUGGGACUGAUCCCAGACAUCUAUGAGAAAGAGAUCCAUCUGAUGAUUCCCCUGUAAGCCAACCCAACCAGCUCCUGUACCGGGGGCAGCAGUACAGCCCUGUCAUUAACAGCACACCAAGGUCUAAACUUGAACAUUCUACUUGUGUUGCUACAGGAAGACACAAGAUGGUGCUUUUUUUUUUUUUGUAAGAAAACUGAGUUGCUAUAACUUUUCAUCUCAUAAUCCACGGGUUUGGUGGUACAUGCCUGUAACCUUAGAUGGCUGAAGCAGGAAGAUUUCGAGGUGAGUUUGAGGCCAGCCUGGGCUACAUAGUGAGACCCUGUCUCAAAAAAACAAGCAAACAAAAAACAACAAUUACUGUCUUGUAAUCUGUGUCUUUAGAGAUUAAAUUCGUUAAUUAUAGCAUGGUGAAGGUAACUUCUGUGAGGAGUAGGUCACAGCUGCUGUCUAGAGAAUGGGAGAGGCAAGUGGUGGCCAGGCCAAAGAGACCAUGGCACAGUGCGUAUGGCAGCCUUGGGAUCCUGCAGCUUUCCCCUAGAUGACCAACCCAGAGCUGAAUCUGCCAAAAUCCCACUUCAUUCAUUCCAAGCCAGAGCCUUAAGCAUCCUGGUGCUCUCCAGUGUCUCACAGUGAGUGCCAACUUCCUAGCUAAGGGGCCUCCUCCUGCCUUCACCACAGUGGCCCAGCUCUGGUCUUCUGGUCAGACUUACACAGGGCUUGGACCACAGUGGGACCCCAGAUCAGUAGUAGUCAUCGUAGAGGCCAUCCUGUCUACACACAGCCCUUUGUUUAUACGUGUUCUCAGAAGCCUCCGUGUGAGAGAAGAAAUCUUUGCUAGGCCUCAUCUGAGAAGCCUUUUCCAGAGCUCCCACUGUGCAACCUAGGAGUCCCGACACAUGGAUGCAGGUCCAGCUUUCUCCGAAAGGCCUUAUGCAGAAUUACAGACCAUGAGAUCCAGGGUCCCAGGCUGGCUGACUGUUCAGGAGCUAUUGAGGACAGAGGUCAGGACAAGUGAGUUGACUCCAGGAGGCCCUGAAAUUCAGGGCUGCUCAGAACCCCUGGGUGUCAGGCUCCAACUCCAGAAGGCUGUUGGUUUGACGUAAGACAUGUAACCCAGGCUGUGUAGCCUUACGCUCCUCAGAUCCUUGCCUGUACUUUAGGAAUGCUGGGAUCACAGGUGUGUGCCACCAUGCCCAGCCAAGACCAGUGUUCCAGCUUGCCUUUUGUAGUAUAACACUCACCAAAAGCAGCUUGGGAAGGAAGGGGUUGAUUUGACUUACAGGUCACACAGUCUGUCAUGAAGAGACAGCAGGACAGGAACUCAAGGCAGGAACUGAAGCAGAACCAAGGAGGAAUGCUGUUUACUGGCUUGUUUCCUCCCCAUGGCUUGGCUCACCCCGAUUUCUUACACAAUCCAGGACCACCCUCUCACAUCAGUUGUUAGUCCAGAAGCCCCACAGAUAUGCUCACCUCAGUGGAGGGACCCUUUCCCAGGUGACUAGUUUAUGUCAUGUUGACAAGCACUAACCAGUUAGUCUAAUCUAGAACUUUUCAGACCGUUUAUGAGGCAGACAGCAGCAGACUGCCCUGUCGGAUGGCUUGAUGUGUACCAUGCAUCUCAAGCGCUGUAGAGGCUGUAGACCUUCUUCCCCCUGUAUUAGUCUGGUUCUCAGGAAGCAUGGAACUGGUAGGAUGAAAAUAAAAGAAUUUAACUUA